AUGUUUAACUAUUUUGAAAUUAUCUCUUUUUUUGUCAUAAUCAUCAUCUGCUGUAGUGGAGUCCUGUUAAAUGGAAUGGUUAUCUGGCUACUUGGCUUUCAGAUUAAAAGAAACCCUUUCACUGUGUUGAUUCUUAAUUUAGCUAUUUCUGACUUUGGAUGUCUUGUAUUUUUGGCUACGUAUUACAUUUAUUAUUAUAUAUAUAUUAUGUCAGCAGAAAUUGUCUUAGAAAUCAUAAUUUGUUGCCUUUUCAUCAUGUAUACCAACGGUCUUUUUCUUCUGACAGCCAUCAGCAUUGACCGGUGUGUGGCUGUCCUCUUCCCAAUCUGGCAUCACUGUUCCCGGCCGAAACAUUUGUCCCAUGCUGUCUGUGCCUUCCUCUGGAUCUGCUCUUUCCUCUUGGGUGGAAUUUUAAAUGUUAUACAAUAUUUAUUUUACGAUUAUGUUUUCUCAGAUCUCUAUUUGGUUUUGAUUUCCAUGCUUUGUCUUCCAUUGAUUACAAUCUCUACUCUGAUCCUAUUCAUCAAAAUAUGUCUUAAACCUAAACAGAUCAAACGUGGACGACUGUUAGUGAUGAUCUUAAUUACUCUUCUCUGUUUCAUUAUUCUUACUCUACCAGCACAUAUCUAUUUGUUUAGUGGUAAAUUUGACUGGAUUAUUGGGGGUUAUUUGAAUAUGUGCUCUAAUCUUGGUGUUGCCCUAAAUAGCAGCAUUAAUCCAGUGAUCUAUUUUUUGGUUGGGAGAAAGAAAAGAGCUCGGAGCAGGGAGAGCAUCAAGGUUAUUUUUCAAAGAGUCUUCAGAGAAGAUGAAGCUCCUGAAAGCACAGAGGAAGCUGCAAACAGAAUUACAACCCCUCUGUAAAAGUAUAAUUUUAAUUUGUCUCUAAUGCUAGCUACCAAAAUGUAUUUCUUGCUACUAUAA